AUGCUUUAAGUGGUAGGUUAUGGGUAUAAGAUAUCAUUUAGAAAGAUGAAGAAUUUUCUUAUUAUUUUAUUAAAAUAACAGCAUAUUUAGGAUAAAAGCAAGUCUUCAUAGAAUAGUUAGCAUUAUUUCAAUUGGUUUAUUUAAUUUCUACUAUUUCAUCAAUAAUAAAAAUAAUAAACUAUAAUUUUGAUUUUCCUGUUGUCACACAAAAGAGAUGUUAGAUGA